AUGUCUUCUUCUUUCAUAUCGCUUUUCCUUUUCUCAUUCCUCACUAUCUUCAGAGCUUCUGCUCAAAAUCCUGGUUACCUAUAUCAUAAUUGUACAAAUACGACAACUUACACAAGUAACAGCACUUACUUAACCAAUCUCAGAACCGUUUUGUCCUCUCUGUCUUCCCGUAACGCCCCUUACUCCACCGGAUUCCAAAACGUCACGGCUGGACAAUCCCCCGACAGGGUAACCGGACUUUUCCUCUGCCGUGGAGACUUAUCGCCAGAAGUUUGUCGUCGCUGCGUCACCUUUGCUGUCAACGACACCUUAGGUCGGUGUCCGAAAGAGAGAGAGGUCGUGAUCUAUUAUGAUGAGUGUAUGCUCAGAUACUCUCCGAAGAGUAUCCUAUCGACCCUUACGUACGAAGGAGGAUAUAUCAUUAUGAAAUCUAAUAAGAUUUCUUCUAUUCAAAAUCAAAAAGACGGGUUCAUGAGUUUUGUGUCGUCCGCUACGAGGAAAGCUUCCAUUGAAGCAGCCAACAGUGAAAGAAAGUUCUAUAUGCUAAAGACCGGGUUGACAGCAUUCCAGACUUUGUACGGGCUGCUUCAGUGCACUCCUGAUCUUAAAAGAAAAGACUGCAGGAGCUGUUUGCAAAGUUGCAUCAAUGGAAUGGAUCUUAUCAGAACUGGAGGAAGACUUUUUUGGCCGAGUUGUGGUGUAAGGUAUGAACUUUAUCCGUUCUACAACGAGAGCGCCAUUGAAACAAUAGCACCAGCACCAGCACCAUCAUCACCACCACCACCACCGCUAGAGUUGUUGGUGUCUACUCCUCCGACGAAAUCUCCUUCAUUACGUGGGAAAGGUAUGGAUUCAAAAGUGUUAGUGGUAGCCAUUGUUCUGCCUAUUAUGUUAGUGGUUGCUCUGCUCGCCAUAGCUGGUUAUUGUUUCCUUGCCAAAAGGAAUAAGAAGACUUUUGAAACAGCACCUGCAUCUGCAUCUGAGGUAGGAGAUGAUAUAAGAAUGGCAGACUCACUACAGCUCGAUUAUAGAACAAUCCAAAUUGCAACAAAUGAUUUUGCAGUAAGAAAUAAGAUUGGUCAAGGUGGAUUUGGUGAGGUUUACAAGGGUACAUUUUCAAAUGGGAAAGAAGUUGCGGUGAAGAGACUGUCGAUAAACUCAAGACAAGGUGAAACAGAGUUCAAGACCGAGGUUGUUGUAGUUGCAAAGCUUCAGCACAGAAAUUUGGUUAGGCUUCUCGGGUUUUCGCUACAAGGAGAAGAAAGGAUAUUGGUAUACGAGUAUAUGCCCAACAAAAGUCUUGAUUAUUUACUCUUUGACCCUACAGAGAAAGUUCAGCUGAACUGGACUCAACGAUACAAGAUCAUUGGAGGAAUUGCUCGAGGGAUUCUAUAUCUUCAUGAAGAUUCACGGCUCACAAUUAUACACCGUGACCUUAAAGCGAGUAACAUUCUCAUAGAUGCGGAUAUGAAUCCAAAAAUUGCAGAUUUUGGAAUGGCUAGGAUAUUUGGAUGGGACCAAACCCAGGAUAACACAAGCAGAAUAGUUGGUACCUAUUUUGUUAUGGAUUCCAGCGGUUACAUGUCUCCUGAAUAUGCAAUGCAUGGCCAAUUCUCUAUGAAAUCUGAUGUCUAUAGCUUCGGCGUGUUAGUUCUUGAGAUUAUAAGUGGUAGGAAGAAUAACAGCUUCGGCGAGCCAGACGGUGCACAAGACUUACUCACACAUGCUUGGACGCUCUGGAAUAACAGAUCAGCAUUAUCCCUAGUAGAUCCACUUAUAGUAGAUAAUUGCCAGAACAGUGAAGUGGUUCGAUGCAUCCAUAUCGGUCUUUUAUGUGUUCAAGAAGAUCCUGUAAAGCGUCCAACAAUAUCGACCAUUUUCAUGAUGCUCACUAGUAAUACUGUGACUUUACCAGUGCCUCGACAACCAGGAUUUUUCAUUCAAGGUAGACUCAAAAAGGACCCGCUUGAUUCAGAUCAAUCUACCACGGAAAAGUCUCUUCCAGGGUCUAUUGACGAUGCAUCGAUCACUGAUUUAUAUCCUCGCUAA